AUGCAGCAUAAUGAACAGGCUCCUAUUCAACCUGCCCACCACCACCACGACCACACCAGCAGUAGUAGUAGUGGCACUACUAGCAGCAACAAUAUUGACGCUAUUAAGGGGGGUGGUAGCAGCAGUAUGAGUAGCACACAUAUACAGAGUGAUAUAAACAACAGCAGCAGCAAUAGCAGCGGGAAUAGAAAUAGUAGUGGUAGUAGUAGUAGUAAUAGUAGUAGUUGUAUUAGUAAGCAAGAGAGCUGCAAUCUACCUAGUGACCCACCGUCCCAAGAUGGCAGCAACAACAGCAGCAGGAGCAUUCCCGACAACAGCACCAGCGGUAGCGUACAUAACAAUUAUAACGACAGCAGCAAGAGUACACCCAAUGCAAACAGUAGCAGCGGUAUAGAUAACAGCAGAAGAAGAAGCAGCAAUAGCAGUGGCAGCAGCAGUGGCAACGUACAGGACGACAACACCAGCAGCAGUGAACAGUGCAGAGGCAACAACAACAGCAACCUUAGCAGAAGUAGUAAUGAGGACAGCAUGUCAGUGGAGGAUGGAGAGUGGCAAGUUGAUAUUGAAACGCAGUUGCUCUACAACCCUGUGGAGCAGGUGUAUUUUGAUCCCGUGUCUCAGCAGCUGCUCUUGCCAGAAGAUGUAGCAGCAGCCCUUGCAGCAGCAACAGCAGCAAAAACUACGGCAACUGCAGCAGGAGGGCUGACGACGAACAGUAGUAGCGACAGUGGCAGUGAUAAUAGUAGUAGUAGUAGUAUUACUUCGAGAAGCGUCAUUCAGAGCAUUCGUGAGAAUGCAAAUCAGCAGCAGGAGGAGGAGCAGCAACAGCAGCAGCGUGUGCAGGUCCUGCGUGACUAUGGAGGAGAGAACACGUUGCCACUAGCACCACUU